AUGAACCGCCACGCCAACAUUCGUGCCCCCGUGCUGCUGAAGCGUCUGCGCGAGGCGAAGAAGGAUGUGAAGGCGGGCGAGAAGCCAAGAGCCGUGAAGACGCACCUUCGCGAUGUCGUCAUCACACCCGAAAUGGUGGGCUCUGUGGUCGGUAUCUACAACGGCCGUCAGUUCAACGCGGUGGAGAUUAAGGGUGAGAUGAUUGGACACUACCUUGGCGAGUUCUCCAUGACGUACAAGCCCGUCAUGCACGGCCGUCCCGGUGUUGGCGCCACGCACUCGUCUCGCUUCAUCCCUCUCAAGUAG